CUGAAGAAAGAGGGGAUGUGAUGAGCCAAGUCUUUCUCAUUCAGCCUUCGCCUCUGAACUGCUCUGUGAAAACCUACAUUCACUGUGUUGGCUUUGUCUCCUCGGCCAACUGAGAGAGAGGCGAUCUCGGGCGUAUGAGGGACUAAUCUUAGCCCUGUGAAUCAAAGCAGCACACACGCAUACACACAGUAUGCUGCAGGAACAGUAAGCUCCCUGUUUGGGCUCCCACUGUUUGGGACCUGUGUUGUUCCUGUUUUUCCCUCUCUGUCCCUGUGGGCUUGGAUGCUUGAGGCUUGAGGACAAGGGCCACUUUGAAGGAGUGGUGUUUGGCAGAGGUUUGGUUGCAGUCGACAGGCUGCUGGCCUGUUCUAUUUGACCAUCGUCCUCGGUGCUGCCCGCCCCUGCUCCGGAGACUGGAGCUCUAUGGGAGUGCAGGAGAGGACAUGAAGUCCUGCUGAUAAAGCCUGCCCCCUGGACCUACUGGGGCUUUUAAGGAUUUCAGAUUCACGCCGUUUUCAUCGUGUUGUGGAAUUUUUUUGCCCGUUCAGCCCUUGCUGUAGUGCUCUUUGUCUAAAAGGACAGGAUGAAGCUGAAAAAGCAGGUGACUGUGUGUGGCGGGGCCAUUUUCUGUGUGGCCGUUUUCUCCCUCUAUCUGAUGCUGGACCGGGUCCAGCACGACCCUGCCAGGAGACAGAAUGGGGGGAACUUUCCAAGGAGCCAGAUUUCGGUGUUGCAGAAUCGCAUUGAGCAGCUGGAGCAGCUUCUGGAGGAGAACCAUCAGAUCAUCAGCCACAUUAAAGACUCAGUGCUGGAGCUCACAGACACGGGUGCCGUCUCCCCCAGUGGCCACCUGCCCUUCCGCAGUGCCAAUGGCUCCUGGGUACUGCCCUUUGACGGCAGACCCACCUUUCUCUCUGUCAAGCCCCAAGACUGCCAGUUUGCACUGGGCCGCCGUGGCCAGACUGACCUACAGAUGUUGGAUGUGUACUCCUUGCUGAGCUUUGAUAAUGUGGAUGGAGGUGUGUGGAAGCAAGGCUUUGAGAUCACAUAUGAGCCCACUGAGUGGGACAAUGAACCCCUGCAGGUUUUUGUGGUACCUCACUCCCACAAUGACCCAGGCUGGGUUAAAACCUUUGACAAAUACUACAAUGACCAGACACAGCACAUUUUCAAUAACAUGGUGGUCAAGCUGGCAGAGGACCCACGCAGGAAGUUCAUCUGGUCUGAGAUGUCCUUUUUUGUUAAGUGGUGGGAGAGCGCAGACGCUCACAAACAAGACGCAUUGCGCAAACUUAUCUUGGGAGGGCAGCUAGAGAUCGUGACAGGAGGCUGGGUAAUGACAGACGAAGCCAAUGCUCACUACUUUGCCAUGAUAGACCAGCUUAUCGAGGGCCAUCAGUGGCUGGAGAAGAACUUGGGUGUGACUCCUCGCUCAGGGUGGGCUGUUGACCCCUUUGGCCACAGUGCUACCAUGCCUUACCUGCUGAAGAGGGCUAACCUGACCAGCAUGCUCAUCCAAAGGGUCCACUACUCUGUUAAGAAGCAUUUUUCCUCCACGCGUAGCCUGGAGUUCAUGUGGAGACAGGCUUGGGAUCCUGAGUCAGGCACAGACCUGUUCUGUCACAUGAUGCCUUUCUACAGCUAUGAUGUGCCUCACACUUGUGGGCCUGACCCAAAGAUCUGCUGCCAGUUUGAUUUUAAGAGGCUGCCAGGCAGCCGGGUCAACUGCCCCUGGAAGGUGCCUCCUCGGGCUAUCUCGGAUGCCAAUGUGGCAGAGAGGGCCAAUGUCCUUUUGGACCAGUAUCGUAAGAAGUCCAAGCUUUUCCGUAGCAAGGUGGUGCUUGUACCGUUGGGAGAUGAUUUCCGCUAUGACAAGGCCCUAGAGUGGGAUCAGCAAUAUGUCAACUACCAGAAGCUUUUUGAUUACAUGAACUCUCACCCAGAAAUGCACGUACAGGCCCAAUUUGGCACACUGACGGACUACUUCGGUGCAGUGUAUAAGGCUAAUGGAGUGGCCCAGGGGGUAAGACCACCCGGUUACCCUGUACUAAGUGGAGAUUUUUUUGCUUAUGCUGACCGAGAGGAUCAUUAUUGGAGUGGCUACUACACUUCCCGACCAUUCUACAAAAACCUGGACCGUGUGCUGGAGUCCCACCUUAGGGGUGCAGAGAUCCUGUAUAGUCUGGCUGUGGCCCAUGCGCGCCAUGCAGGGAUGGAAGGGCGCUACCCCACCUCGGACUACUCCCUUCUGACGGAUGCCAGGCGCGAUAUAGGUCUUUUCCAGCACCAUGACGCCAUCGCUGGAACUGCCAAGGAGGCUGUUGUCAUUGAUUAUGGGACCAGGUUACUGCGUUCACUUAUUGGCUUGAAAAGAGUGAUCAUUAAUGCUGCACACUUCCUCAUAAUGAAGAACAAAGAUGUCUAUCGCUUCUACCAGACAGAGCCCUUCUUGGAGACGGAUGAUCGACGUGCCACACAUGAUUCCCUACCCCAGCGGACACUGAUUGAGUUGGAUUCCUCUCCCCGGUACCUGGUGCUGUUUAACCCUGUGGAGCAGGAGCGCCUGUGUGUGGUUACUGUACUGGUGAACUCUGCGAGAGUCAGGGUGCUCACUGAGGACGGACAGACUCUGCCGGUGCAGCUCAGUGCACAGUGGAGCUCGGCUGUACAGAUGAGUGGAGAGGUCUACCAGGCUUCCUUCAUGGCCCGCCUCCCUGCACUGGGAUUGGCUGUGUUCCACUUGUACGACUCUGUGGACUCCCCGAUGACUCUGCGCUCUGAUACGCUGCUGAGACUUCCUGGCCGUAGUCAGAGCGUGCGGGGAAUAGACCCCCUGCCUGUGCGCUCGCAGGUGGCUGAUCCUCAGCCCUUCUACAUCCAGAGCCAGUCUCUCACGCUGGGCUUCUCUGGUACCACAGGCCUGCUGGAGAGUAUCCGUCGUAAAGAUGACCCUCAGGAGGUUAGGGUGCAGAUCCAGUUCUUUACUUACGGAACUCGACCUUCCAAGGACAAGAGCGGAGCUUACCUCUUCUUACCAGAUGGCAAUGCUAAGCCAUACACACAAAGAGAUCCUCCUAUUGUGCGUGUGGUGGAGGGUCCACUUUUUGCUGAGGUGGUCACAUACUACCAACACUUUCAGCAGACGGUCCGCAUACAUAAUGUGCCGGGGGUGGAUGGUCUGUCUCUGGACAUCACCACCUUGGUGGACAUCAGGGACCAGACUAAUAAAGAACUGGCCAUGCGUUUGCUCACAGACAUUCAGAGUGAAGACACCUUUUACACAGACCUCAAUGGCUUUCAGAUUCAGCCACGCAGAUACUUGCAGAAACUGCCACUGCAAGCCAACUUCUACCCCAUGUCUACCAUGGCCUACAUCCAGGACAGCCAGUACCGCCUGACCUUGCACACAGGGCAGGCCCUGGGAGUCAGCAGCCUUGCCAGCGGUCAGCUGGAGGUGAUUCUGGACCGCAGAUUAAUGCAGGAUGAUAACAGGGGUCUUGGACAAGGUCUGAAGGACAACAAGAGGACAGCCAACCGCUUCCGUCUACUGCUGGAGAGAAGGUCUAGCAGCAGUAGGCCUGUGGGUUCUUAUGCCAAAGUCAGCCACAUGUUAAAUAAAAUCAUCGCUCAUGUUUUUGGGGAAAGCAAGAAAGAGGCUGUUGACAGUGGACCAGUCAGUUUUCCCUCCCUGCUGAGUCACAUGACUUCUACUAUCUUGAACCACGAGGUACUGGCCCUGCCGGUCAUUCCGAAGAAACGAGGUGUUCCACCUCUCCGCACCUUCUCCCCACUGGCUACUGCACUGCCCUGUGAUUUCCAUCUGCUCAACCUCAGAAGCAUUCAGAACCAGGACGCUCAUUCGCCCUCCCCGUACACAGCUCUCCUGCUGCACCGCCUGGGACUGGACUGCGGCCUGGAGGCUCAGAACCCUGGGUUUAACUGCAGUACCACACAAGGAAAGCUGGCUGUGUCGGCGCUGUUCCGGGGUUUGGACCUGCAGCUGCUGCAGCCCAUGUCUCUGACGCUCAUGUACUCGGCCGCUCCUCUCUCCAACAGCUCCAUCAUCAGCCUGGAGCCCAUGGAGCUGUCUACCUUCAAGCUCAGACUGCGCUAGACCUCGACGUACUGGGGGCCAGGCCCACCACAGCAGCCUGCACACUGCUGUCAGUGUAGAACUGCUGGACAUGGGCAGAGUUUUUCUGGCUGGCUGUCAGAGGAUAAGCUUAAAUACAUGAAACCAAGAUAAUGUAUUUAUCAACAUGGAAGUUGCUGGACCCUCUAAAAGACUUUUUUUAUAAAGAGAGAUUUCGGCACCAGUUAUAGAUACAGUGGAUAUGAAGAAUCUUUGAUUUUCCUUCUUUUUAAUAUGCUUGAGGUUCAUUUCAGAGAAUGACUAGUGGAUUUUUAUUAGACAUGGGUGAUUGAUGAUCAUUUAAGACUUGUUAUUUUUAUUUGUCGUCCUGGCUGGAACCACUGACAUGUAUUUCCUUCUCUGUUUCUCUCUCUCUCUCUCUCUCUCUCUCUCUCGCUCUCUCGCUCUCUCUCUCCCCCCCUCUAUGCUUUUUUUCUGUAUCUUGCUCUUGUUGAAAUUCUGGGGACUCUGUACUGUAUGUAAAUAUGUCAUUGGCUCUUCACAAACUAGUGGGACCGAGUGCAAUAUGUGAAGCUGCUUUUGGGGCUUAUGGUUUUAUUUUGACUCCAUUCCACAGAAGCUGUGCUUGGAACUGUGUCGCUGUCCUCUGAGCUCCAACCUCUUUUCUCUUUUUUUGUCCUUUUUUGUACUUCAGUGGACUGUGCUGCUUGCCAUAGCUGCAUGUUCCUGUGAAUGUGUGCUCGCUCACUCAUUUUGGCAGCUGAGUGAAGACUGUUACUGUCGUCUAAUGUCCGUCUAGGGACUUGCCCUACAGAACGUCUUGCUCCCACUCAACAGUCAGUCAGUGGUUGGGCCUGGUUGGGUUCUUCUUAUCUUGGGUUCUCUUUAUCUGAUUAUGUGGGAUGAGUGUAGUGGUUGGCAGAACUUUCCCUUCCCUUUUCACCGGGUUUGUCUUUCACUGUUGGCCCUUUUUUGUUCCUGAAAAAUGCUGGUCCCUCCAAAGUAGCUAGUGAUGGAUUAUCUGCAUUUCCUGGCCUGUAGUGCUAAGGAUGGUGUAGCACAAAGUAUGCAGUAGAUCAGGGGUCUCAAACUCAAGACCUGGAGGCCAGCAGCCCUUCAGAAACAAGUAUUUACCCUUUUCUGACACUCUGAAUUCAACUAAUGAAGGCAUUUUAUUUGUAGCCUAGCUGAUGAGUUGAAUCAAGUGUUUGAAUGAGGCAGAAUACUGAACUCUUUAGUGCUGUUGCCCUCCGGGACUGGAGGUUGAUACCCAUGCAGUAGAAAAUGAUACCUCCUAUAUUCUACAUAAAACUUUGAAAUGUGCAAUAUAAUGCUAAAGGAACAGUGGGGACUGAUAUGAUUUAUGGAUGGCACAGUGGAGAGGUAAUGAGGGCAGAAUAUAUGUCUGGUGUACUGGGGCCUGUCCCUCGAAGCAAGUCCAACUUAAGUUAGCUUCACAAAACCUAAUAAAUGAGACUACGGUUAACUUGUUUCACAAAAGCGGUUAAAGGGGAAUUCACUAAUUUUCCCAGGUUUCAGAAUAAUUCAGUCACAAUUGGGGGGGGGGUGUCAUUCAGAGUGGUUUGAUGUAAAAUGGUUCACUGUGGAAAAACUUGCUGACUGACUUACGAUUUCUUCAUAAUGGUGGUGAUAGGAACUGGGGGGUCACAAUAUCUAGACUGCAAAUAUAAUCAUUUUAUUUACCCUACAUGUAUACUCGGAGUUUUUAUAUUUAAUUCUGAUAGUAAAGUGGUGGUACAUCUGACAGGAAAAAAAGAAAAGUUUUCUUUGAGGAAUAUUUUGCCUUACAACACCCUGCAUGUACCUCUCCACUAUGAAUUGUGAAUGCUUUUUAAAAAUACAUUUUAGGACAAAACUUUCUUGUAAAACUUUUUGGGGAAAAAAAAGAAUGUCUUGGGCAUCAGGCAACAUAUUCAUUACCAUUUUAUGUAAUAACUUUCUGCAAGGUAGCUUUUAGGGGUGUUGUGUUUCUCUAGAGCUGAACGUUUCACAUCAAACAACUUUGUCUACAUCUCAACUAAUUAUGUGGAAAAUUGUGGAAAAUCAGUAGAAUUCUCUCUUAACAACUUUCUGUUAACUGUGGUUUAUGCACAUGAAAGCGUGACGUUUCGGACAAACAGCCAGUCAUGUGGAACAUGAGGAGUCAAGCAGCUUGUUUUUCAAAGAAGGACGAGGAAAUCUACGUAAAUAUAUAGAAAGUAAAGCAUUUAUAACAGUAAAAAAGCAACACUGUUGUCAUUUCCACCAUGUUAGAGCUUAUUGGAGCAAGAAUGGCUUAUAUUCUUAAUAUAUGCAGUGUGAUUUGCUUCCUCUGCUGUCGUCUUCACAUAAUUCAUGCCUCAAACCAUGUGAAGGAAAAAAGUGACCAGAGGGGUUCACCCCCAUCAGUCCCUGAUUAGUCCAAGAGCUGUUUACGAUCCAAAAUCCUGAAGUUAGCCUGCCCUGGAGCAGGUUUUGUGUGCAGGAUAAAUUGCCAUGGGGGUGUAGCCCAGUUCAGUUUUCCACUGUCAUGAGACAGAAAAUCCAGGGUUGGAUCAAGCUAAACUUAGCUGGCUAAACGACAAAUCCUGCUUCAUGAGACAGACCCCUGCUUUCCGUCUUGUACAUAGUGUGAAGAUCUGGAAGGCUCACCUCAUAUCCCUGUGUGUAUAGAGAUCAGUGGAUGCUGACACUAAUUGCAGUGUUCUGAGGAGCCACAGCAGAUGCAUUGUACAAUUCCAUUCCAGUGGUGUCCAUCAUAAUGUCUAUUCAUAGUGUCUCUCUUUGUCUGGAUGCAGUCAUCCACUCAAUACUUACCACUGCCAUUCAGUGUAAAUGCAUUACAUUCUGCCAGGAGGAAGAUGUCUGUUAAACCAUGAUGCUGUCUCCAGUUUUACUUGCUAACUGUGCCGCUGACCUCUGUGCACUGCUCAGCUUAAAAUAGCUUACCUGUGUAGAGCUUAGCCUCAAACUUAUGAAUUACUGUGAAAACGGAACGCUCUCACCAUUUCUCCAAAUGUGCUGCUGUUGGAGCAGGGGUCAGAGGCACUCGUGAAACCUCUGGGAGUGAGUUGUCACUGCUGGUUAUGUCUGAGCUACAGAAACUCUGCUACUACUACAUUCCUUUUUCAAACCCUGCACAUCUCCACUGUUAACUGACCAGGUCAGUGUGUGCUAAAAGUGCAAAACCAAGGAGAAGUCAGAAUUAAAGUCAGAAUUAGGUGCCAUCUCUCCUAGAGAGCUUUAGUCCUUGAUAAUCACUCAGCAAAUGAAGUUGCUAAAACAGCAUAAAACAUUUAUCAAGCUUGUCUUGCUUUCCUGCUUGCCUAAGCUGCAACGUUUGUAGUUGAGGUGAAAAAAGGUUGGAUUUUUUUUUUGGAGGCUGGCACUUAUCUGAUUGUUUUCUUUCUUUUUUCUUUUGUCUGAUCUAGAAUAGCCUCUUCCUUAAGCUAUUUUGCCCUUCCGCUUACACUUUGUCUGUUUACCUCUUGUAUCUCACAGCCAUGCCGCUCCUCCUGGCCUGCUUUGCCCUCAGACCAUGUAUACUUGCCCUAGAGCUGUUUGGACAAGUCAUUUGUAGCCGUUUCUCAUUUGUGUAAUAUGAUGUGAACAAAAAGAUAGGGUUUUUAUGUUUUGUUUGAGAUGAAGAUAUAUUUUUUCCCUUGCUGUCUUUAUUCCCUUCUGGAUGUGUGCUAAUGGAGGGAAAAAAUGAUGCAUAAAAAGAAGUGAAAAUACAAAACAGCUAAAGUUGACAUUUAAUAAACGUCAGCCAUGGACAUAAGUUGA